AUUCACUUAUUCAGUUUCAAAUACGUAGUAGGUACCUAAAGUAUUAGAAUCAACAUCCAAAUUUACGGAAAAAGUUUUGAUUUAAUUCCGAUAUUAUUUUGUGAGGAUGUCCGUCGCCGGUAAUUAUGAUUCAGUCCACUACAGCGCCCACUUCAACUUCAUACAGGACUUUCGGGAAACCUUCGCCAAUGAUGGCCUGUGUGCAAUGGAGUUGAUUAAUAAUGCCGCCGAUGCCUGGCAGGGGUUAACACGCAUAGAAAAGAACAAGUUCGAGAGGAAACAAUACCUGGCGGCUCGCAAAGAUGAAUUGAAUCGUGUGAAGAACGGAGAGUCCAUGUCUGUGCUGUGGGAGCAGCAGAAAAAAGAAUUCCGCGAGUUGGCACUACGCGGACAGUCCAAUUACAGGGUGAAGUACGGGGAGGUCAAGUUUCGAUGGGGAAAUAACAAUUUUGAGGGAGACGGGGACCAGUUCAAUGGUGACGGGGACCAGUUCAAGGGGGACGAUUCCUCGUUGUUCAAAAAUAAAUCCUGUCUAUGCAGCAUCUUGGGCAUGUUCCUGGGCAAGUGUCGUUCAAAGCAACAUGCCCCGAAAUAAUAAUAAUUAUUUUAAAUUAAA